UGUGGGGGUCACUAGUUCUUUGGAGAUUGUUGUCCGGGUUCCCAGCGGAUUCGGACGCCCUGUUUUCCCAGGACAUGGGCGCAGAGAGUAGUGCGGCCAGGAGCUGCCGGCUGGAAGAGCCGUCGUUCACUCUGCCCGCCGGUCUGAGCGUCUAUCGGGCGGUUUUGGAGGAAGAGCAGCCGGUGUCCGUGUUCAUCUACCAGCGGGGGAACGAGGAGGCCGUCAACAAGGCAGCCAAGGUAGUGGAGGCCCCGGGGGAGGAGGGUGAUGCUGCCCUGAGGGAAGGGGAUGUGUGGCAUUUGAAAACUUUACGCCAUCCAUGCCUGUUGAGGUUCUUAUCAAGCACAGUUGAAGUUGAUGGAAUCCACUUGGUUACUGAACGUGUGCAACCUCUGCAUAUGAUCCUUGAAGAUCUUUCAGCAGACGAGAUCUGUGCAGGAAUCUUUGAUGUGCUCCAAGCACUGAUCUUCCUGCAUGACCGAGGAAAACUGAGCCACAAUAAUGUAUGCAUUUCAUCUGUGUUUGUAAGUGAGGAUGGUCACUGGAAGCUGGGCGGUAUGGAAUCCAUGUGUCAAUUCUCUCAAGCAUCAGCUGAGUUCUUGUCCAGCAUCAACUCGUUGAGAGAUUUGAGUAGCAUUGCUCCUGAGGAGCAGUCUGCAGGCUUUCAGAUUCUUCCUGAAGCGCAUGGACAUGCUCGAGAUGCUUACUCAUUUGGGGUGAUGGUUGAGAAACUCCUUCCAUUGCUAGGUGAUGUGGUUGCAGAACAUUUGCUGACAAGUUUUCAAGAAGCCUUAAAGGUUUCCCUCUUAAACCCAGACCCAAUGCAACGUCCAUCUUUACAGAGUUUACUGACUCAUGAAUUCUUUAGCAGGAACGAGUUCUUGGAAGUAGUGAAUUUUUUAAAAAGCUUGACAUUAAAAACUGAGGAAGAAAAGAAUGAGUUUUUCAAAUUCCUAUUGGAUCGUAUUCAGGGCUUACCUGAAAGUCUCAUGGCCUCCCGCCUGGUGCCACAGCUGCUAACUCCAUUGGUGUUUGCAGAACCAGUAGCAAUUAAAAGCUUCCUUCCUCACCUUCUCAGGCCAAAGAAGGACUCACCUAGUGAUGAUGAAUUCAAUAGCCUCCUGUCACCCAAUGUCUUUCGAGAUCAUGUGAUCCCAAUUCUGUUGAAACUCUAUAGUGUGCGAGAGGAGCAUGUACGAAUGGUGCUGUUAUCUCAUCUGGACACUUACGCUGAUCUUUUUCAGUUGGAAGACCUGCAGGAAAUUGUUCUUCCACAGGUGCUACUAGGACUAAGAGAUACCAGUAAUAGUCUGGUGUCAGGAACACUCUGCAGCCUAGCAGUGUUGGUGCCACUUCUUGGAGCUGAUGUAGUUGUUGGAGGUGAGAGAGCAAAGAUCUUCAAACGUACAACACCUAACUUCAGAUCAACUGAGAUCACCCCUGAAGGCUCCCCUGCACAUGUCAACAAUAGUCAUGAGCUUCACAGUUCUCUGGCCUUAAACAACAAUUCAUUCAAACUGUUUUCCAAGAUCUCUGAGCCAAAGAAGAAACCCACAUGUGGGAAAGAAAAAGGGCAUACAAAUCUUACUCAAAUUCAGCACUCUUCAAGGUUUCAGAUACUGGGAAAAGCAGCUCAGUAUGAAGCACCAACAUCCAUAAUGUCAAUGAAUGGUAUUCGUGGGAAUGAUAUUUCUGGAGCUGGUAGUACACAAAAUUCAGUGCUGAUCCAUGAAUUUGCUGAGGAUUGGCCAGACUGGAGCAAGUCAGAGGAGAAUGAAAGAAAUGUAGGAAUUAAGAUUGAACAUACAAAGGAUUGCAUCAGUACAGGUAAUCAAUCUGAGAUGAAAGACGAAUCAUGGGAUGACUUUGAACCUACUAUAGAUGAUCAUCCUUGCACAAUAAAACCAGAACAAUCAAAUAAGCAGCAGACUUCUGACUUGCCUAUUACUGGCAAUAAGGCCCAGUCCAAAGGCAUGAAACUUUCUUUAGCACUGAAAACUCGCUCUGUUACAUCUUGUGAGAAUUGGAGAAAUGAUAACUGGAACCAGCAGAACAUAUCAAAAAAGGAAAGUCAAAAAGCAGUUUCAACUGGACAGACAUUCUCCAGGCAGAAAACUACUGCACAGAAAACCUCUUUAAACACUGGGCUCGGAGAGGAAUUCACUAUAAAUGUCAAGAAAAAGCCACAGAGGGACCCUGAAUUAGAUCUGUUUGCUGAUAUGAUACCAGACAUUAAAGUUUCUUCCACAGGUUUGUUAAUGCCAACACAAAGAACAGAACUAAAUGUUACAGCCAAAGCAACUGAAGAAGCAUCAAAAUAUACAGAGAAGACUCUGAGAGCAGACGGUAAUUCACCAACUCUAGCACUUGCAUCAAAGUUUGCGGCAGACAUUGUUGAGGUGGAAACUGAAGGCUGGGAGGAUGAUCUGAAUUGGGAGGAUAAUAGUUGGUGAAAUAGAAACUGUGCCUAAAACAAUUUUGUAAACUAAGGUCAACAUCUUUGAUACUCAAAACUCAAACACUCUGGACAUACCAUCUCCCCCUAUCCUUUGACCAGUUUAGCUUUUGUUUAGUACAGUAAAUAUUGCUGGCUGCAAUAAAGAUGGUGAUAUUUUGUUGUCUCUGAAAAUACAAGAAACAACAGUUUUUAGAGUAUCUGAGAAGGAUAUAUUGGGAACUACAUGAUGCCAUCAGCUUGUUCAUGUUUACUGAGAUGUCAUCUUAUUGAUAUUUACCAAGUACCAGAAAAUCUUUAUUUUGAAAUGGAUUCUAAUAGUAAAAAUCUUAAAUGUUAUUUGGAGGAAAGGUGUACUGAUGGCUUCUCCUCUGUGACUUGCAACUAAGUUACCCUCCAGAUUAAAAUACAAGUUUCUUCGGUGAAAUGUUCAAGUAAUCUAGAUUUGGGUAAAAAGUGAUCAUUUACUGUAUUUCUGUGUACAUUAAAACUAAGUGUAACAAAGCAAUUUUGCUUGCACUUCAGCAUAAAAUGCAACCUGAGGCUAGCCCAGUGCCCCCUAUUAAUACAGUAGAUUAAGACUCCCUGGAGGAGUUAAUCUCAUGCAGAAGUCACACUAGCCCUAAAAAAACCUAACUUAUGCUCUACAGCUUUAGAGGUAGAGCUGCUGGUGAAGUCAGCGUGCAGAUACCAAAACUGAGUAAGUGCCCCAUUAAAUGCCAAAUGUUUCUCUCCGAUAUAGCAUUUAUAUUUAUUAACUCAGUGUAAAGUCCUGCCUUAGAAGCUCCAUACUACCUGUUUAAGUUGGUAAAUGUAAAUAUUGCAGUGCCAUAUUGGAGAGAUUGCGAUUAGUUUCUUUUUUCCUGUCAAACAACAGUUUUAAUAUAGUUAAGUAUCAAUUCUGUCAUGAUACAUUAGGGAGAUUCAGAUGGCGGAAAGAUAUGUUUUUAGAUUAUUGAGCUGAGGCAGGGCCAAAGUUUUUCAUUUUGGUGCCAUGUACAUCUAGACUAAUUGUAACCCCAUAUGAACACCAGUUUUGGGAAAUCACCAGGUUAGCGAAGUCUUUGAAAUAUUUGUUUUAGGCGCCUGUAGAUACUUUGACUCAAAAUACCAAAUAUAAUAUUUAAAUCAAGAGCUUGAUACAUUUUGCAUAUUCAUUUGUGCAGAAAUAUUGAUGGGAUUGUACUGAUUACUUUCAUAAUUACAACUAUUGUGUGUGUGUUUGGGAACUACACCAAAAUAGUUCUAAUUGAACACGUGGUUGUAUUUCUGAAAGUAUAAAUUUUAGAAGUUUUUUUUCUGAUGGAAAUAUUUGCUUUCAGUUAGCAAAUGUGAUUUUAAGCUCUUGAAGUCUGUUUUCAUAGUUGAUGUUCCAACUCAGCAGCAAAUAAAUAAUUCUGUAACUAUUUAGUUACACAUCAAAUAUACAUAGGAAUCCACUACUUACAACCAAAACGUUCUGGACAUUGAAGUCCUGUUCGAAUAAUGAAACAAUUUGGUAGAACAAAAGUUAAAACAAUGGCCUUCAUCUUUUGCGUAUUGAGUCUUUAUAUUUGAAUUAAAUUAUCCCUAUUUACUAGCUGUCUAUUUGAAUUCACUUAAACUAGUUCUUACUGAGAAUAUGUACACAACUCAAAAUAACUUCAAAUUCAAGUGAUAAUUAAACUUGUAGACCACAAUAUUUGGCAUGAAAACCAAAUGUUGCACAGUACAGAAAUGAAGCAUGUUAUAUGGUAAAGCUUUUCCUGUUCAAUAAUAAUCUAUCUCUGGCAUUCAGUGUCAGAUUGGCUUGAUCCUUGCCUUAGCACUGUCACGGAGGAUAAAAUUCAGACUUUUUUCUUUUUAAUUUUAUUUAGUAGAUCAGACUUAGAGAUUGGAUUUUAUUCUGAAUCUAUGGACAAUUACUGAAUACACACUACUUUGAUACAAAGAAUUGCCAAUGAACAGUUGAAUUAGCAAAUAUCCAUUUAUAAUGUUUGAUUCUACAUAAUUUUAGUUGUACAAACUAGCUUAAGUAAUUUAAGUGAAAGGUAUGAAACUGUUCAUUUGUAGUCAGUUUAGAAAUUGCAGGAUUUAAGCAGAUCAAAUACGAUGGACUUAGAACUGGAACACUGGGCAAAUUAAUGUGAAUACUCUGGAAUUGGUAGUUUAAUCACUUUAAUUUCUCUUUUUCCCUUCAAAAUUGUUAAAUCAAGACACUUAAGCAUCAGUGACAGUGCAUUUGGAAGUUAACAUAAGUAAAAUGUAUUUACACAAGUCCUUAUUCAGCAAUGUACCAAGUUAGAUUAAUUUAAGGAUAUUCACUCAACUGAUUUAUUUAAAAUGUUUAGGUUUAUUUUGAAAGAGAAUUCCCAAUUUUAAAAAAGCCAACUUUAAAAAGUAAAAUAAUUUAUUGGAUUCAAAUGUAUUAAUUUUAUAUAAUAAAGACCUAUUUGAAAAAUAAGUUA